AUGGGAAGAAAGCUGCGACAUCUGCUGAUUUUGCUUCUUAUCAUCCUGGAGGAGCCCAAUAUGCCAGAAGGUGGCUACUUCUGUGCACCAUCAUUACACAGCAAAUGCCCCAAUAUGCCUUUUCAACAGCUUUCCAGGUUGAAUCUUGCCUCCAACCAAAUAACCAACAUACGUAUUGGCACAUUCUCAAAUCUACCAAAAAUUUCACAUUUGUACCUGAACUACAACAAGAUAACCAGCAUUCAGGCUGGUACACUUUCAAAAUUACCCAAGCUUUCAAUGUUGUAUCUGAACUCAAACAACAUUAAAAGCAUUCAGGUUGGCACAUUCUCAAAUCUACCCAAGCUUUCACAUUUGUACCUGAACUCCAACAAGAUAACCAGCAUUCAGGCUGGUACAUUUUCCAAAUUACCCUGGCUGGGGUUUUUGAACCUGGACUCAAACAAUAUAAAUAGCAUUCAGGAUGGCACUUUCUCAAAUCUACCAAGGCUCACGAGUUUGCACCUGAACUCAAACAACCUAACCAGCAUUCAUAUUUUGGUCCUGAACUCCAACAAAAUAACCAGCAUUCAGGCUGGUGCAAUCUCAAAUAUACCCUAUCUCGUCCGGUUGGUUCUUUCAUUCAACCAAAUAUCCAGCGUUCAGGUUGGCACAUUCUCAAAUACAUCCCAUCUCGACUGUUUGAACCUUACCGCUAAUCAAAUAUCCAGCAUUCAGGUUGGGGCAUUCUCAAAUCUACCAAACCUUGCACGAUUGUACUUGGACUCCAACAACAUAACAAGUAUCCAUGUGGGUACAUUCUCGAAUCUUCCCCAGCUCUUCGUUUUGAAUCUUGCUUCCAACCAAAUAUCCAGCAUUCAAGUUGGCGGAUUCUCAAAUCUACCCAAGCUCGAACUUUUGUACCUGAACUCCAACAACAUAAUCAGCAUUCAGGUUGGCACAUUCUCACAUCUACAUUGCCUUAAAAGUUUACACAUCAAUUCAAACAAUCUAAGUAACAUCCAGUCUGGUACGUUUUCAAAUCUUACCCUUCUCCAAAAUUUGUACCUGCAGUCAAACCAGCUAACUGUCCUUCCCAUGUCAGCCAAUGACAUCUUGGUAUCCAUUCCUGGGUUGUGCAUUGACAACAAUCCCUGGCAGUGUGACUGUAACAUUGCUCCCUUCUGGCAAACAAUGAUUAAAUUUCCCAAAGUUCUAAAACAGAUAACAUGUACCCAACCUGCCAACCUCUCAGGUCGAAAACUGAAAGAUGUCAAUCCAAAAGAUCUGAUCUGUAAAGACCCAACGAAAUCAAAACCAAACUGUAAUAAUCAGACAGGGCAGGGUCAGUCUCAGGCCAUCGCUGAAUCCAACACAAACACCACAGCUACUGUAGUUACCAGUGGUCAUGAUCAGACAGAGCAGGGUCAGUCUCAGGCUAUCAUUGAAUCCUUGAAUGCACCACGUUCCGCGUUACUAGCUGCCCUACGACCAAAUCCUAUGUAUGAAGGUUUAAAAAUACCACCGAAGCACCCAACAUCUACAUAG